CUCUGCCAUGAUGAACGCGUGGACGUUCUUAUUUCGCUCUGGUCUCUUCGCCAGUGUACCGCCCAUAGAAUGUCUAUUGGGACCGCAUUGUUUUGCUAGCCUUGUAAGCUCAGCUUGAUAGAAAGGUUCUGGCGCGAUAACAGUUUCACCAGUAGAUGGCAACCGUAUGCGUCACUCGACUCCAGCGAAGUAGACCGAGCUGUAUCUGAUUGGUUGUCAAUUUACUGUUUUGUUUUUAGGUGAAUUGCACUAUGGCAGUGUUUGUUUGUUCAUAAAACGUCCUUCAAAAUACAAAAAAACUCGGCAUUAACGAUAAGUAAUAGGUAGAUAAAUAGAUAAAUUGAUCGUUGAACAUACACGAUGGUGUUCAGUUGUUGUGCGUAUAACUGCAAAAACACUGCAAAGGACAAGAGCCUCUCUUUCCACAAAUUUCCCCUGAAAAAACCCAAAUUGCUGAAGAAAUGGCUCUACAAUUUAAGAUGGAAGGACUGGAAACCUGCUCCGCACAGUAAAGUCUGCAGUAUCCACUUUGAAAAGAACUGUUUCAUUAAAGAGGGAAAGAGAGUCAGACUUCAUUCAUCGGCUGUGCCAACCAUAUUUGCAUUUCCAAGACGAGUAGGAGAAAGAAAGAGUAAGAUCAACCCAAGAAGCAGAAGAGCUUUGGGAAUUGUUGGCGACGCAAACUCUCCUCCUCAAGCAGCACCAAGAAGAUCCUUAAAGAACACUGGCAAAAAUAGUUCCAGCCAGACGACAGCAGACCAAACAAAAACAUCCAAGCAGCAGUUGACGGGACAGGAAAAUAGACCACCAUGGACUAUCCUGGGAGAUGGGGCUCUUGACCGAAGCAUGACUCUCCCCAGUUUCUUUCAUGGUGGAUACUGUUUGCCGAUGAACAUCCGCUGGGCAGGAGAUGAUGAAUUAAAUGUAAAGCCACAUGUUGUUUACGGAGUUCCAGGUCAAACAAAACCACACAUAAUUGCGGUUAAAGAGAGGUGGGAAUGGCUUGGGCUUGAUGUAAGAGGCCCGUUCUCUCCUACAGUUGACCACCACACACACAUCAUGACCCUGACUGACUACCAUUCCAAAUGGGUGGAGGCAUUUCCUCUGACUCAAAACCUGAGUCAAGAUGUGGCCGCGUGUCUUGCCGAAGUCAUCACUCAGCAGGGUUACCCUCUCGGAAUUCUCUCCCGGCUUUCCAGAGGGACCCUCAAAGAAGUUAACCGUGAAUUGAAGAAACACGUGAGGUUGAAAGGAAACACCUUAGUGGUACACCACCGCCAAACUGGUUACAUGGAUCUGGUCACCGAGGCCCUUCUCAAUAAGAUGCUGGAUGAGCUGGUAAAAAAACACAAAGUAACCUGGCAUGUCCAUCUCCCUGCUGCAACUCUGCGGUUCUGUUGCACGAAUCACCCCUCCACCCAAGAGAAACCCUUCACCCGCAUGUAUGCCAGUAACCCGCUGUUCUCAUCUUCACCCAGAGAACUGCCUUUCAGUGUUACUGAUAUUCGCUUGAGUUCCUUUAUCAUCUCAUCCACUGAAGCAAACAAUAUGGGAACUGCCUCAGAGACUUUGGGGCACUGACUGAGAUCAGAUUCCUCCAUUACAGAAGAAUUUUUGUCAUGGUUACAUGACUUCUGAAUGUUUUCAUACUUUGUCACAAUUUCCAAGUUUUUGCUCAGAUUUUUAAUUAUUACUCUUAGACUGUAAAUUAAAAAGCAUUUGAGCUGCCAUGCUCAAGGGAGACCCGGGUUCGAAUCAUGCCUGGAUUCCUGUCAUUCUCACACCCCCAUUUUUUUUUUCUGUCUCUUCCUGACUGUCUAUAGUAUACCCCUAAGUUUUGCACUGUUGCCCUGUACAGUACAAAUAUUGUAAAGUAAUAAAAAAAAUAAAAAAAAAUAAAAAGGAAACAACACAUUACUGUAUUAGAAAUUAUAAACCAACCUUGUUUAUAUUAAUAAAAGAGAAUAAUUUUGAAAAUAAUAGCAGGUAACACAUACAUAACCCAAAAAGGUUGUAUUCGUAAACAUUAGUUAAUGCAGUAGUUAACAUUAAUUAACAAUGAGCAAUACUUUUACGGCAUUUAUUUUGGUUAAUGUUAAUUUCUACAUAUACAUUUUACAUUAAAAGUUGUGUUGCAUGUAUUGAUCUAAUAUGAACAAACAAUAAAAAAAAUAGUAUUUUGAUAAUUAACAUCAACCAAGAGUAAUAAAUGCUGUAAAAAGUCAUUGUUCAUUGUUGGGUCAGGAGACCAAAUGCAUUAAAGGGAUAGUUCACCCAAAAAUGAAAACUCUCUCAUCAUUUACACACUCUCAUUCCAUCCCAGAUGUGUAUGACUUUCUUUCUUCUGCUGAACACAAAUUAAGAAUUUUAGAAGAAUAUUUCAGAUCUGUAGGUCCAUACAAUUCAAGUGAAUGGUGAUCAGGCCUUUGUAGCUCUAAUAAUCACAUAAAGGCAGCAUAAAAGUAAUCCUUACGACUCCAGUGGCUAAAUCCAUAUCUUUAGAAGCGAUAUUAAAGGUGUGGGCUAGAAACAGGUAAGUAUUUAAGGUUUUUUUAUUUUAUUUAUUUUUUUUUAACCAUUAAUCUCCAUUUUUAUUUUCACAUUCUUCUUUGGUUUUUGGUUAUUUGCAUUCUUCGUGCAUAUCGCCACCUACUGGGCAGGGAGGAUAAUUUAUUGUAAAAACAGACUUAAAUAUUGUUCGUUUUCUCACCCACAUCUAUCAUAUCACUUCCGAAGAUAUGGAUUUAACCACUUGAGUCUUAUAGAUUACUUCUAUGCUGUGUUUAUGUGCUUUUUGGAGCUUAACAAUUUUGGUACCCAUUCACCUGCAUUGUGAGAACCUACAGAGCUGAAAUAGUUUUUUCAAAAUCUUUGUGUUCAGCUGAAGAAAGAAAGUCAUACACAUCUGGGAUGGCAUGAGGGUGAGUAAAUGAUAAGAGAAUUUUCAUUUUUGGGUGAUCUAUCCCUUUAACGUCUGAUAACAAAUGGAACCUUUUUGUAAAGUGUUACCGAAGAGCAUUAUAGUGUACCUAUAUAUGCUCUCAUACAGAAGAGAAACUAGAGUUAAAAGUUGCUUUUCCCUAAACUGCUUUUUGUUGUAAAGUAGAUGUGCCCUUUUUAUCUUCAAACAAUGCCAUUAAUAAACCCUGUGGUUUUAAUAGAAAAGAAAACAAUACCAAUUAAUGUAUUACCAUUUAUCUUCUUAUUCUGUUUGUUAAUAUACCACUAUGAUAUUAGAUCAGAGGCUUCAACGAAAAAAACAGAACUUGGAUGUGAAUCUAAAAAUUAAUUAAAAUUCCUCCCUUGUAGUGACAAACCAGUGCAGCAGGUGGCGUUAUCAACCAAUUUUGACUUGGAGAAAAUGAACAGCGAACAAGGGCACCGGCACCCUUUGUUUCAAACUGGAUAAAUCAGCCUCUGGAGGGCACUUCAAAGGGAGAACUGUCAUUAUAGUCAUGCUGUAAGAUGUCGUCAAACUGAAUUUCCAAUAAAAAUGACUUUAAAAGUGA